AUGGCUUCCUCCAGCAGUGUCCUGUCUGAAGAUCAGCUCCAGUGCUGCAUCUGUCUGGAUGUGUUCACUGAUCCAGUCUCUACUCCAUGUGGACACAACUUCUGCAAGAUCUGUAUCAAAACGUGCUGGGACACCAGUUCACACUGUCAGUGUCCAGUGUGUAAGAUGAAUUUCCCUAAAAGACCUGAACUACAUGUUAACACCUUCAUCUCUGGUCUGGCUGCUCAGUUUAGGAAGUCAGUUCAGGUCAAAUCAAGCAGCACCGCAGGAGAACCUACCAAAUAUCUGGUGUUCUGUGAGGUCUGCAGUGAUAAGAAAUGUAAAGCUCUGAAGUCCUGUCUGAUCUGUAUGGCCUCUUACUGCAAAACUCACCUGGAACCACAUGAGAAAGUUUCUUCAUUAAAGAAACACAAACUAAUAGAUCCUGUGGAGAACCUGGAGGAUUACAUCUGUCAGAAACAUGAGAAACCUCUGGAGAUGUUCUGUAGAGAUGACCAGACGUGUGUGUGUCAGUUCUGCACUGAAGGAGACCACAAGAACCACAACACAGUUCCUAUAGAGGAGGAGAGUGCAGAGAAGAAGACUCAGCUGAGAGCAACACAAGCAGAUGUUGAGCAGAUGAUCCAGGACCGACUGAAGAAGAUAAAAAAAAUCAAACGUUCUGUAGAACUUAAUAAAAAAAAUACAGAGAAGUUUAAAGCUGACAGCAUGGAGAUCUUCAGAGCUCUGAUACACAGCAUUGAGAGAAACCAGGCUGAGAUGCUGAAGGUGAUGGAAGAGAAGCAGAGAGCAGCAGAGCGUCAGGCUGAAGAGUUCAUUAAAGAUCUGGAGCAGGAAAUCACUGAGCUAAAGAGGAGAAACACUGACCUGGAGCAGAUCUCCAACACUGAGGAUCAUCUCCACCUCCUACAGAUUUACCCGUCCCUGUGCAGACCUCCACCUACCAACAACUGGACUGAUGUCAGUAUUCAGCCUCGUCUUGAUGUGGGAACUCUGAGGAGGGCUCUGUCUCAGCUUCAGGAAUGUGUUGAUGAAGUAAUGAAGAUAAAUGUCAGAAGGGAUAAUGAUGAAGACCAGCAGCAGGAGAACAUCUACGACAUGGUUCCUGUUUGUCAUACUCAGGGUUACCAUGACAGUUCUGAUGAUGCUAAACUGCAGGGUGUUUGUGCUUGGGCUCUGUUUGAUUAUCAGGCUACUGAUAACACAGAGAUCACCUUUGACCCUAAUGACAUCAUCACUGAUAUCGACAUGUUUGAUGAAGGAUGGUGGCGCGGGUUCGGUCCGGAUGGUCAUUAUGGGAUGUUUCCUAAUAAUUUUGUUGAGCUCAUUUAAAUUUGCAUUAAUGAAUGUUUUCAUUCUCUUCAUGAUAAAUCACAGAAUUGCGUGAUCUCAAAACAAGAUAAACGUCUGGACUCUUUACACAGAUCCUUAUCAAAAAUCACUUCAUUACUGCGUCCUGUAAACUACAGAGUGUUUAACGUCA